CGCGGGUACGAACAGCUCGGGCUCUGCGGGCUCCCACGCACGUUUCUAGACGUACCCGCGGCUGCGCGUCCGUGCGCAGGGGCGCGCCCGCGUGCACCCGCAGACGCGGGACGCGCGGGGACGCGCGGCGCUCCGCUCCCCACCGCGCCCGCGGACGCGCGCACGGCCCACGCACGUACAAACAGCCCUGGGUACACGCGCGGCCACGGGAUAUACCCGCAGAGAUGCGCACGCACAGGCGGCCGGAGCACAUACGCCCACCCCAUCCUCAUGUCCUGUCGUGUCGUGUCGCGUCGCCCCACGCGCCCGGACGCCGCUCCUCCCGCUCCAUGUCGGCGCGGCCCCUUUAAAUGCUAAUGAGGCGGCGCGAGUGCCGGCGCCGGCCCCCGCUGACUGUGUUAAAACUUCGGCGGGGCCAUUUUGGGGGCAGUAAGACCCAGCGCGGCCCCAGGGGACACCCGCUGCUGCGCGCCCACCGCCCGCCACCAUGAGUGAGGCGGCGGAGACCAGCACCGCCAGCCCGGCGCCCGCCAGCACCACCGCCACCGCCACCGCCACCGCCGCCGCUCCGGCCGCAGCCUCGGCGCUGCCGGCGCCCGCCGCCCCGGACGCCAAGCCCAAGAGCCCCGUCAGCGCUUCCGCGCCGGGCGCGGCUGGUGGGGAAGCGGCUGCCGGCGCCGCCGCACCCCCCCCGCCUCCUCCCGCCACCACCACAACCACCGUGGCCGAGACGGAGAAGAAAGUGCUGGCCACCAAAGUUCUUGGCACAGUCAAGUGGUUCAAUGUCAGAAAUGGAUAUGGCUUUAUCAACAGAAAUGAUACCAAAGAAGAUGUCUUUGUUCAUCAGACAGCAAUAAAGAAAAACAACCCACGGAAAUACCUGCGCAGUGUUGGUGAUGGAGAGACUGUAGAAUUUGAUGUGGUCGAGGGAGAGAAGGGUGCAGAAGCAGCUAAUGUCACUGGUCCAGAUGGAGUCCCAGUAGAAGGCAGCCGCUAUGCUGCAGACCGGCGCCGCUAUCGACGUGGUUAUUUUGGCCGACGCCGUGGACCACCUCGAAGUGGUGGCGAGGGAGAAAUCAAGGAUGGGGUGACAGAAGGAGGUCAACUUCAUCAACAAGUCAAUAGGAAUCCUACAUAUCGUCCCCGCUAUCGCAGAGGGCCCCCACGUCCACGCCCUGCCCCGGUGGCUGGAGAGACUGAAAACAAAGAGAACCACCAUGAUGCCAGCGCUAUGAGCCAGCAGCCCCUUCGCCGUGGGUACAGGCGUCCAUACAACUACAGGCGUCGACCUCGUCCGCCUAACGCUCCAGCUCAGGACGGGAAAGAGACAAAGGUGACUGAAACACCUGCUGAAAAUCCUGCUCCAGUGACAGAGCAGAGUGGUGCUGAGUAAUGUCCAGCUCCCCAGGCACCUUUACCACCGCUCAGGUGUCCUACAAUACGACUUAAAAGUAACACCAAAGAAACACACAAGCAAUAAAUUGUCAACAGUGAUGACUAAAGCAAAGAUUUGACACAUCGGAACUUGAAAAAAAAAAUUUACCAGCAGCUGAGAUCCAGGGAACGCCUGCAAGAUAGAUGCAUGAAGAGAGAAAGAGAGCGAGAUUCAGAAAGAGCAACCUCCCCAGUUUCAACAGCAACUGUGGGGUUUUUGAUUUUUUUUUUUUUUUUUUUUUUUUUUUCCCUAGAAUUUCACUGUUUCGCUAGUAUUGAAUUUUUCAUUUUUUCUUUUGGUAUCAAACUGAAAAGGGAGAAAACCCAACCAAAGAACUGAAAUUGAAAUCAGAUGCUUUUUUUAUUGGAUGCUGGUGCUAAACCUCCCAGGUGUGAUGAGUUUUUUUUUUUUUCUGUGCCAGUCCUGUUCACUGCAGGAUACGGGGAGGAGAAACUUCCGCUUUCCUUGGUAAGGUCUAUUUGCAACUGUGCAGCAUGGGUGACGUUCCUCACAAAUAAAAGUGAUUUCAACUACCAAAAAAAA